AAAUCAGUUUCAAUUCAAACUCGAAUUUCAAACAAUCAAAUUUCAAUCAUGAAUAAAUUCAUUGUAUUCACGGUAGUGUUAGUAGCUAUUUGGGGAGCUGGUGCUGAGCCACCACAGUUUCGUACAUUCAAAUAUGUACAUCCAGCACAACCUGCUACUCAACCACAAUUUGGACAACAACAAGCAGUAGCAAGUGGUACCGGCUACGAUCCAGCUGGGCCACCAGCUGGUCAAUUAUUACUUUUACCAGGUGAAUAUGUUGUACAAGUGAAUCAACCACUCCGUCAAUAUGGUGCUCCGGAACAAGCUCAAUUUGUUCCACAACCAGCAGCUGUUGAACAAUACAACUAUCAACAACAACAAUUCGCUGGUGCUCAAGAUCCAAAUUAUUAUAACAACGGUCAACAAUACCAAGGACAACAAUUUGGACAAUACAAUGGUCAACAAGGGCAAUACAAUGCACCAGGACAACAAACAAGCCAGGCUGCUGUACAAUUUGGACAGUAUAAUGCUCAACAAGGACAAUACAAUGCACCUAGCCAACAAUCAGGACAAUAUAAUGAACAACAAAAUGGACAAUACAAUGCUCAAUCACAACAACCCCAAUUUGGACAAAGAGUUGCACCAAAACAAUCACCAGCUCCUUUUGGACAGUUAAAAGUACAAAAAGGUAAAUUUUCUGGUCAAUUAAAUGUUGGAGAACAAACUGAAGCCGAUGUCGAUGAACAACAAGAUGACGCCCAGGAAGCCGAACCCCAAGUACCAGCGGCAAAAGCACAACGUGGCAAUGUUAAAUAUAACAAACAAGUUAAACAACCAGAACAAGUUGAUGCACAAUACCAACAAGGCCGAUAUGUUCAACGUGGAAGUGCUCGUUUUACCUCACCAAAAUCCCAAGUUGAAUUGGUAAAAACAAAUGGUAAUCAACAACAAGCUGAAGAAGCAGCUCGUAAUGCUCAAAAUGAUGAUGAUGAUGAUGAAGAAGCUGAUGAAAACCAAGAAUUCUCUGGAAGAUAUACUCAGUCAAAUACUCAAUCGAAAUCAGGAAAAUAUACCGCUCCUGCUCAACAAGAACAAUCACAAUAUGUUCCAUCCAGAACAUUCUUCUUUGGACGUUACACACAACCUAGUGAUGCCCAACAAGCUGAAGUACAAAGUGACUACUCCAAAGUUAACAAAUAUGUUCCACCAAAAGCUCGUGGUAAAACAACAACUGAAACACCAGAAAGUUCAACAACUGAAGUAUCAAGUGAUAGCACAACUGAAGUUGGACCCACUGUAGCAUAUGACGCCGAAGCCAAAGAAAACUAUACAAAUGACAAAGAAGCCGAAGAAGAAAGCACAAAAGCAGCUAAUGGAUAUUAUUAUCUUCUCUUACCCGAUGGUAAAUUACAAAAAAUUGUUUAUAUGACUGAAGAAGAUUUAAAGAAAAUGGCAUUUGUUGCUAGAUUACAAUAUCAAAAUGUGGAACCCAUUCAAGGACCUGUAUACUCUUACAAUCCAGAAAAUUCACCUUUUGUACAAGUAUUUUGAAGCGUUUUUCUAAAAAACAUAUCGUGAUCAACAAGUAUUUGUGUACAUAAAACUUUUAUUUUCGU